AUGUCAUUUAUCAUACAUCCGACAUAUGCAGAACAACAGCACGAGAUUGAAUCAAUUCUAUCCAAAUUAUCGAUUGAAACUAUCGAUAAAGUUCUCGAACCAUUAGGUCUACGUUGUAUGAAAUUUGAAAGAUUACAAACAUCGGGUCGUAUUAAUUUUCUCUAUAAUCUACAAACCCAACUAAUAUUACAAUCUAAUGUGACAUGUGACAAUGAAUUUAUAUUAAAAAUAUCGAAUCCACAUCGCUAUUGGAGACAUUAUCGAACACAAAAUGAAGUUUAUACUAUGCAACAUUUGUAUGAACACACAACUAUUCCUCUCCCGAAAAUAUUGGCUUAUUCAUGCGAUUCUCAGACAAGUAUUUUAGAAUGUGAAUUUAUUCUAAUGGAAAAAAUUCAUGGCAAUACACUUGAACAUGUCAUCGAUCAAAUGUCCGAUGAUAGUUUAAUGAAAACUGCAACAGAAAUGAUCGACUAUGUUAAACAAUUGCAUGAAAUCAAUCUGCCACAAAUGAAUCAGAUUGGAUCGUUUUGUAGUAAAACGUUACAUCUGGGUGGAUACGUUCUUGAUGGUCCUACACUCGGUCCAUUUCAUACACCGAAAGAAUUCAUUUUGGCACAUUUACAAUGGUCUAUUCAAUCUAUAGAAAUUGACUCACAAUUGUUUGAAAUUGCCAAACAUUUGCUAUCACCUUUACAGGAAAUUAUCAAGGACAUCGAAAAUGACGAAUAUCUAUCGAAUAUGAAGUAUACAUUUCAUAUGACUCAUACUGAUUUGAAUACAUCGAAUAUUAUUAUCGAUGAAAUAACCGGUAAAAUUUUGGCUAUUAUCGAUUGGGAAAGUUGUGCUAUGACAUUUGAUGAAAGUGAUAUGAAAUUUUAUGCACAUUGGUCAGAUAAUGAAGAACGAAAAGAAAAAAUCAAAUCAUUAUUACCAUCGAAUUGGACCAACGAGAGUUCGAAUGAUAUCACUUAUAUCAAACCAUAUUUAGAUGUGAUGUAUUCAGCUAUGUGGACAACAUUCUACAGUUCUACAUGGUUUGAAUCUGAACAACAAGUACUUGAACAUAUGAAAUAUUUUGUACAAGAUACCGAAAAAGUCAUUAUUAAAUUGAACAAAGUUUCAUCAUAA